CGAUGUUUAUCCCCCUCUUUUCUCUCUCCAUAUAAUCGAUCACCUCUUGUAGAAAGAUAACAUGGCUGCACCAGAGACAAUUGGCGCCAGGCAUGAAAGAUGGUCUCUGAAGGGGAUGACUGCUCUGGUAACUGGUGGAACUAAAGGCAUCGGACAUGCAAUAGUAGAAGAACUAGCAGGAUUUGGAGCAGCUGUUCACACUUGUUCUCGCAACCAAACGGAGGUUGAUCAACGUUUGCAAGAAUGGAAAAGCAAAGGUUUUACUGUAACCGGGUCUGUAUGUGAUGUGUUACACAGAAACCAAAGAGAAAAAUUGAUGGAAACUGUCUCUUCUCUCUUCCAUGGGAAGCUCAAUAUCCUUGUGAACAAUGCUGGUACGGUUAUACUUAAAAAUACCACAGAUUUUACAGCAGAGGAUAUCUCGUUUAUAAUGGGUACCAAUUUUGAGUCUUCUUAUCAUCUAUGUCAACUAGCACAUCCUCUUUUGAAGGCUUCAGGAAAUGGAAGCAUUGUAUUUGUAUCCUCAGUUUCUGGUGUGAUUGCAUGUCCAUUGGUUUCAAUCUAUGCAGCAACUAAAGGGGCAAUCAAUCAGGUUACCAAGAACUUGGCGUGUGAGUGGGCAAAGGACAACAUUCGUGCUAAUGCAGUGGCUCCAUAUAUUAUCAAUACCCCUCUGAUAGAGUCUGCUGGAGAAAAUCCUGAAGGUAAGGAAAUAAUGGAUCGCAUGAUCUCUAGAACUCCGAUGUGCCGAGCAGGAGAGGCGAAUGAGGUUUCGUCACUGGUGGCAUUUCUUUGCCUACCUGCGGCUUCAUACAUCAGUGGACAGGUUAUUUGCAUUGAUGGUGGAUACACUGUGAAUGGUUAUCCUGGAGCUAUUCUAAACUAGAAAACAAGGUCACUUCAGGCGUAUAUUUUCUAGUCUUGGUGCUUAUUUUGUCAAGUAAUCAAGUAUC